CGUAACCUCAAACGUCGCUUCGACGAAAGAUGGCCGACGCGUGUCGAAUGUUGCUCUGAUUGUUUAUUACGAUUUAAAAAGUUUUUACCCAAUAAACACGUUAUAAUAACACUGAGAUACCACAUAAAGUUGUUUAAUAACAUAUACCGCGUGUGUUUUGUGUGUUUUUGAAGUGUUUAACGCAGUUUUUCUGUCAAAAAGUGCGAUAACUCGAGUGCAAGUGAAGCGACCAGUUUUCUAAAAGUGAUUUUAUAGAGGAAUGUUGUGAUAAAAUUGAGUGUGUAGUGAGUUUGAGGGUGAAGUUUCGACCGGGAUUAACUGUAUUUGUUCCAAAAGAUGGCGCGUUCUACAUAAGAUGUAGCUUCGUCCUACUCUUGUACACCAUGGCAAAGGUCUGCGGGAAGGAGAUGGCCAAACAGGAUUCCGGCUGGCGGAGAGUGUGUGCGGUGUUGUGUGUGAUUGUGUUGUGCUGUGAGUGUGUGCGCGGGAAGCAGAUGAGCGAGACCCUGCAGAGGGCGCUGUCGGCGGUGAGGGGUCCGAGUCCUGGAGCCAAGAAGCUGCUCAAUAUCCCCGAGGAUGGAGCGGACCCCUUACCCGGCAAGCAUGUACCACUUGAGAGCUACGAGAGCGAGUUGGAGCGGGAGCACGCGCUGCCGACGUCCGUCCCCAACGCCGACAUCCUCAAGACUAACAGCAAUCCCACGUACCACAAGCCUAGGCCGCCCGCACACCACGGUGCCGCAUUACUGGCUGGAGUGGGAGCCGUGCCGUCGUACGCGCCGCCCGGACGCGCCUUCUUCACGCCGCCGCUGCCGCCCGAGUACCGCAACCCCUUCGCCGAUAAGCCGACACUCAGAGGCACUAACACAGAUGGGAACAGCUACCUCAACCGGCGGCCGAUCCCCCCUCCCUCCCUCGGACCUGGACACGAGAGGAUACCCAUCAGACCCCCUGGACAGGAAACCUCCUCCCCGCAAGUGCCUGCCCCGCCGCCCGCACCCCCUCUGCCGCCCAUCGGACUCGAGCCGCAGAAGAAAAAGGCACUCAACACUCCUAGCUAUAAGCCCGACGAACUAGACGACAAGCACGGUACAGAUCAAGCCAACUUCACAGACUUCGUGCCAAACUCUCUGAACAUACCCACCAUAUCGAGGAUACUCUCCGGCUCCAACGGCAGAAAGGAAGACAUCCCUGACGUCCUCCUCAGGACUGUCACCGCCAAACCACAACACAACCCUGAGAAGACUUCAAAAAGUGAUAUUUACGUGACAAAAGACGCUGGUGUUACUCUCAGUGAUUCUAAUAGGGACACUUCCACGGAAGGCGCUCUUGCAGUUUUGGACCCCGAAAUGAACAAUUUAGAUAGGCCUCUCAUUAUAGAUCAAAAUGGUGAGACGAACACUAGAAGAAACCUUCAGUACGCUACAAACAAACAGCCAGACAGAAACGACAGCAGAAGAGAUGAAUACAUGCCCGCGACAACAGUCGGAUUCGAAUUGAGCGAUCCAGAAAUGUCCACAGAGAGAUAUCAUAAUUUAGCUAACGUCAAUUCUGACAAGAAAAUUCUCAAACACGACCCGAAAAACAACGGCCCUGUCCAAAGACCAGGAGUGACCUGGCCGUUUGCGUGGAACGUUCAUAUUUAUUCAGCAACCGGCAUGUUCACUCUUUUGGCCGUUUUCUCCAUUUUCAAGAUAAUUAGAUACAAUAAGUUCACUCAUCUCUUCACGCAGUACUACUUCAUCAUUCUCCAUCUAAUCCUAGUGUUCGUUUGUCUUAUGAGAAUAUUCUACAUGUGCUAUGAUCCGUACAAUAUCAACAAUUCACUGCCAGUGUUUAUUAGCGAGAUACUCCUCCACGUACCGGAGAUAUUCUUGAGCAUAGCUUUCGCUUCUACGAUACUGUUUCUACUCACGAAUAGCAUUAAUUUUAAGACCACCUGUUGUGCGUUUCUAUUUCGUUCUAGAACGAUCAUAAUAGGUGGUAGCUUGCACCUUUUGUCAUGUGUGAUGUUGCAUAUCCUCGAAAAUAGUAAUACAAUUAUUAGGACUUCGCAGGGAGUCGAAAAAAGGGUACUAGGUCUAACUUGUCAAAUUAUAUUCAUCAUGGCGUGCCUGACGCUCGGGCUCUGCUACCUCUACGUGUAUAAAAUGCUCAAAGUCGUGUUACAGAAGAAAAGCCACACGUACAUUCAUGGCUUCCAGAAUUUAUAUCAAGCUAUCCAUAUAAAUCUAGCGACGGCGUUGCUAUUCGUUUUAAUGGCGACACUACAAAUUUAUGGCAUCUUUGGAAUCAAUCAGGUCAACAUGACUAAAUUCGACUGGUUGCAAUGGGGCUAUCAAUUUUCGUUGCGACUGAUUGAGAUCAGCGUGGUGGCUCUCAUUUCGUGGGUGAUAAGCCUCAAAGUCGGUAUCGUGGCUUCUUUACAACACGAGAAGACUGAUGGUCAGAAAAUAUCUGGAUUAGGUCUUUUCCCUUGCGCUGCUGGGUCCAGUAAUGAGCAAUUUGAAUCCGACUAUCCAGCUAUUUGCAACACCAAUACCAAUCUUCACACUUACACCCUAAGAACUGGGAAACCUAUAUACGAGACGGCCGGCCAUCAUCCCAGCAUACCAGAGCAAUGCUGCAGCGGGCCGGUGGAUCAUCAGAGGUUUCAGCUGAACACGUUGGCUGGGACGUGUGACAAUAAUUCGGGAACCGAAAACUAUUCCGGCCACAGUUCCAUCGCUAACGCAGGCCACAGUAGUUCCACGGAAUCGAGUAAUGCUACUUCAAGCCAAGGCGUAAACAACCAUUUGAUCAAACAUCAUCCCAACCACGCUUACAACGGCAUCGAAUCCGCCUCAGACGAUCACUACUCCAACUGCGAUCCCGCCAUGCAAUCAUUGCAAGGCGACGAUCCUUUGGACCACGAAUACAACGUCAUCCAAUAUGGCAGCAACAGCGACUUCAUCCGUGACAUUAAAAACCAGAACUACAACGGUGGUUCAAAUCGGAGUUCGCACAACUUCAAGCACAUGUCCUACGACCGUGUGUCGUCACGAACGAAUAGCAAUCCUCGAAAGAAGCACAGGGCGAAGAACAAAAACGUCCAAAACUGCAUGACGAUGGGCUACGAUCCGUCAAUGAGUCACCAUUACCACCAGCCGCAUGUGCCCGAUGAAUACGGCAAUUACAACGCCGAGAAUUCCUCCUACCACGCCACUGGCAUACAGACUCUGAAUCCCAACAGAAGUUACGACGGUCCCUGUCAGGUCAGGACCUCACAGCGUCGGAAUUCUCCUUCCACGUCAAUGGUGAACUCGAGUGGAAGUCAAAAGCGUGGCAAGGGCAACGGGUUCGCAGAUAGGCCGAAGUCGACUGACUUGUACGGCUUCACAGAGGACCCCAAUGAGAGGAACUACCCCUGCGCUUUGGGGACUCCUCAACCAGCGCCUAGGAAUUGUAGUUACGAGGCGUCGUACUCCCAACCUCAGGAUGAAAUCAAUCCCAAUGAAACCGGGGGCAGUAUGCUGGUAGCGCAGGACGGUUUCGUGAGGUUUAGACCUUUGGAAGAUGGACCCUCGCAAACUUGAUUCACCAUAAACCUGUCCUCGGCGACAGAAGACUUAAGCUUUUAACAAACGGCAUACGCCGGCGUGUGACUAUGCUUUGUAGUACGAGAUCCGGCAUGAGAAAAAUAUACCCUCAUCUGUUAUUUAAUUGGGAUAAAAAAUAAAUGAUAGAAAAUAUUCACAUUGACACAUUGCACAUAGGUUGCCGUAAAUUGCGAUUAAAAAUGCAUAUUUUAAUUUAUUUAAUUUCUUUCACUCAUUGGUUAAUUAAAAAGAAUCGUGCACUAGUUAAUAGAAUUGAAAAAUUAAGGUUGCUUGCUUUCUCACUGCAACUGUGGGGUUGCCAGAUAUAAACAGUUAAGUAGUGUUAUUUAUAUGUCAAAUGAAAGGUUAUGUUAUGUUUAAUUUUACUGUAUUAAAUUGAUUUUAAUCUAGUUCAUGGUUUCCUAAAUUUUGUAUGAAAAAUAUGUUUUGCUGCAUUUUAACUAGGCAACCUACUUGCAAUGUGUCACUGUGAACAUUAUCUAUCAUUUAUUUCAUAGCACUAAUGAAUAACAGAUGAGGGUAUACAUUUCUAAUGCCGGCUCUUAGACUAUUAUCAGUGUUGCACAUCUCAAUUUGUAUAUUGUAAAUGUAUAGCUAGGAAUAAACGGUGUCGCACCGUGACGGCCUCUUGUAAAUAGCGUUCCUUCAUUUUGUAAUAUAAUUUAUAAGUUUUAUAAUAUCUCCAAUGAGAGAUGACGCCAUUUUGUUUUUUUUUAUUAACACGAUGAACAAUUAUUUUAAUAAAUGUUGGUACUAUUACUAAAUAAUAGUAUAAAUAAUUCUGGUGUAUACAAAACUAAACCGACAUCCCUUUAUCAAUUCUGAUUAAAGAAGGGCAACUCUUGUCCUAUGUUUAAUUGUAUUACUGUAUAAGUUUUGUAUAUAACGGAAUUUGUAUACAAAUUAUUAUCAUCAAAUCUUAUUUCUAUCUGUAUUCAAAAUGACCUUAAAUGUUGCCAUUUUAUUAAACUUGUGUCAGAACAAUUUUGUUCCACAUUUUGACGAAUUGACACAUUGCUUUAAUGGAACUAUUCUAUAAUUAUAAUGGAAUUGUUUUUGACACAAGACAUGAAUGUAAGUUAUCAGCGUUGUUUAUAAUUAAACGACGAAUUAAAUGUAUGUGAUAUUGAUAUAGUUUUGUUUUUAAAGACUCUGUCCAUAAUUAUUGUAAGGAAUAUAUCAAAAAGUAUAAAAAAAUCUUUAUAAAUCUGCCAAUGCGAUUACUUUAUACACUGUAUAAUUAAAACUGUUUCAAAUGUAACAGUUUUAUAUCAUCGAUUGUCAAUUUUUUUUUAGAUUGGUGAAUUUGGUCAGCGCAAACUGGGGAUGGGAAAACAGAGGAUUUAAAAUUCAUCAAUUAAUGAAUAAUACUUAUGAUCGACCUGAAAACUAUUACAAUGCAGUUUUCUCAGGAACAUCGUACGUAGAAAAUAACCUUCACCUAUCUGUUUAGUGGAUGAAAAGUGCUUUAUAUUUAUAGUACGUUAAAUAAUACAUUGCAAAAAGUUUCCCAAAAAUCUACAUUAUGAACUAUCGUUAACGACUGUUUGGCGAGGAGGUUUUGAGGCAACACGUUUUUUAACAUACUAAUUUUGAUAUAAAAUAUUUUUUAUCCAAUAAAUGGAUGGGUGAAGGUCGUUUCUAAUACGACUCUUAGACUAUUAGCUCAAUGAAAGAUACUGAGGCAGUGUGCGAUGAUAUGACCCAGUUUACGCCAGUUUUUCGACUGCGUAGUCUAGUGGAGUAAUAAAAUCGGAUGCUUUGUAGUCUGGCAAGUUCGUUAAUGACACUCACAUGAUAUGCGGGCGACGGGGGGAAACACUGCGCGGGUGUGAAAUCGUGCGUGCGGGGAAGUGAGGUGCAUCAGUGGUGGGUUUUUCAUUCAUCGGUACACGCCCCCCGGCCCGCGCGGACCAUCGGGAGUGUUACGAACGAAGUUGCCAAGCUAUAGUAAAAUGGCAGAUUCUAGCAGUACCUCAGAGAAUUUUUUUAAAAAGUAUCCUCCAUAGUUUAUUCCACCAGUUUGCGCGGGCCUUAUAGAAAUAAUUUAAAUAUCAGGUUCACUGUUCUACAGUUUCAAUUGAAUGUUAUAACAAUAGAUUUAGGUACGUUGUGUUUGCAAUCACUAUUACAACACGUUAUAAUUUAAAUUAUUUAAAAUAUUUAAUGACAGUUCACAUAGAUUUUUAGAAUUCGACAGUUUUUUAGAGCCCGCAUAGAUAGAAAGAAUUCCCGUUCUGAAUUAUGUGUUUUCCGUUCUCUGUAACAUUACAGAGAUUAUAAGUUCAUAGAACUCAGAUAGCAAUCUGUGACUGCCUGCUAUUUUUCGCGGUGGUUUUAAUUUAAGUAUCUGACGCAUUAAGCGAUGGUCGCAAUAGCCAGUGGCGCGCACUUCAUAGAUGCUAAAAUUCUGCAAAUGCAUAUCGUCAGGACUCAUUACGAACCCGUAUUGAAGAAGAAAUUUUCGAUUUUGUACAUUCCCUAGUCAAAGACCUUGUGCGCGUCAUUGAAAAUGGCUAUGGUUGAUCUGCAGAUACGGCCACGACCGGUCUCGAAGCGUCAAUUUGUCCAACUGUUCACUCAACAAUACGUAGCUUGCUCACAACGACAAGUCGCUAUGUCAGGUCUCCGACCAACUACGCGAUGUUCGUAUGGUUUCUUCAGCUGACCGGCUAAUUUUAAUCUUUGACGUAUGCUAGUUAUAUACGAAAUUGAGAUUCCAUGUAACAUGUCAUCUGGUGCCUACUGGUGGAUAUCAUACAGUAGGUAGAUGACAUUUCUCAUUUGAUUUGAUGUUAAUUUUAAAUAGGUUGAUAAUAAAGACCAAACGCUCGUUUGUCGCUGGUUGUUGCAGCGUGCGAGAUGACUUAAAACAAUCGUUUCUCAGAACGCAGAAUUCAGACCGAAAUGCUUUCUGUAUGCGCGGGCAAUAAAUACAAUUUAGUAACAGCUAUUUUUGCCACCGUUAUCAUGAUUACUUGCGCCAAUUUGAUAAAAUAAAAAUCUCUAAAUUAAACCAUAACAAUUCUGAAUAUAAUUGUAUUUUUUUUCUAAAAAAGUUAUAUCUUGACUGCUAUAAUGACGAGACUUGGCAGAAAAGUCGUCUCAUUAUAUUAGUCAUUAUAUUAGGUAUCUUGAGAUGAAUAAAAAACUAUUUUUAUGUCUUAUUAUUUGUUCAGUUUAGAGAUAUUUGUUCAUCAAUAGGCACUAAUGUUAGGUUUGUAAUUUAUUUAUAUGUUGAUCAUGUUUUGAUUAAAUGUCCAAUUCCUAGUCAUAUAUUUCGUUGAAAAAAUUAUUCAUCCAUAAUUAAGUUUACAUUCUUUCAAGUAUGAAAAAUAUCAGUUUUGCGGUCAUCUAUUAUAUCAAUGAAUCGCAAAAUAUAUCAUUGAGAAUCCCUCACACUAGCGCUUUUCCAACGCCCGCGGUUUAUGGCCGAGCUGAGGUGAGCACAGUUAAUAAAGUAAGCACUAAGUAGAUAAGUUGGCAAUAUUGAGACAAGUUGUUGAAAACCAAAACAGUAUACAAUCACUAUUUGUUUGUAAAUGUAUCUAGAGCCACGUAAUGAUUAAAAUAUUCAAUUUCAAACUAUGUCACAUGCGUUUCAAUCCAUCAAGACAUUUACUCGUUAUGGGAGAAUAAAGGAAGGUACAUACGUACAUACGAAUACAUAAAACUUGUAAAUAUUUAUAGACUUUUUUUUUUAAACUUCAUCCGAACUAGAUAGAUAGGUACAUAAGUUGUUUUUGUGAAAAUUGUGAACAUACAUCGACCUAUCCUCCUUCUUCGAAGUCGUUUAAAAACGCGGCUUAGACGAGCGCUAGUGUGAAGGCGCCAUUAAAUAUCCUUCACGAAAUUAUACAACAUAUAAAUACAUAUUAUAUGUACCUACAUGGACAUAUACAUCUAGUAAAAAAUGUCCCAUAUUAAUUAUAGUUGGCACUACAAAUAGAUAGGUAAUAAAUAAUUGUGUAAAAAAUAGGAAGGUGGAUUUAAAAAAAAAAACAAUAAAAAAAUAUUUAUAAUCGAAAAUGUUUUGAAAAGAUCGGUGUUAAUUUUGUGGCGUAAUUAAUCAGUGCUCAUAUUAUUAUAAAAUUCCUAUGUAAAUAAAUAAAUAAAAUUAUGAUAAUUAUAUAAAAAUGUCAUCUACCCAGUCUGUUGCAUAUUACAACGCGCGACGCAACUGAAUGUUAUGGUCAUAACGUCAUCAUUUUAUGUUCUGAAAGAGGAAUGCGGCACGCGUUGCAGUGUGCUAACAGCAAUAUAGUUGGAGAGCUGGUGGUGUUAUUUUUCAACCGUAAACGAAAUCUUAAGGACGUAGGCGAUGUAACAAAAGCUUAACAUCUACGCCUCGGGUUGAAAGACACAUGACCUGAAAGACGUGUUUCUUGCAUGCCCUGGGAAGUGUUGAUGAUAAUUUUCCACUUACCAUCAAGUGGACCAUUUGCUUGGCCCUAAAACACCGUUUAUAAGCGUCCAUUUAGGUACAUUGACAUGCAAUUAAAAAUAUGUUUUGAUUGAAACCUCUAAAAUCAAAUUAAUUCAAGCUACUGCCACUGCCUUUUUAAUUGCAUAUUUAAAUAAAAUAUUAUAUUUUAUUACGCAUUAUAUUAUUGUCUUAAUGAUUAAUUAUUUUCUCUUAUCGAUUAAAACUACCCGAUCUUAUUAAACUCUUUAUUAAUUUACUCUUUAUUUAUUUACAGUGCCACCAGCUCUUGUACUAUAAAUUAUUUCAUUUUUAAUUGUAAGUUUUUUGUACAUAAAGGGUACAAGGUGUACCCAUUUUGAAAUUGUGACGUACAUACAUACGCGAGCGUUUCUUUUUUUUUAUAAUUAUUUUAUUUGUUGUAAAUUAUAUAUUAUUUUUUUAAUAAUUUCAAGACUGUACCUACAUUAUCAUUUAACAAACGACAACUGACAUUUACUAUAUAUGAAUAAAUAAAAAAAGGUAUUAAAAUA